GAUGUCCUGUGCAUAAGUUCGAGCUUUUUCGUGGACGACACGAUCCGACUCUGCCGCACUAGUCUCUCUCUCCCCCUCUUUCUCUCUCUACAACAUUUCUCUCUCUCUCUCUCUUUCCUAACUCAAGCUCACCCCAUUAAUUUUCUCUGCUUUUGCUUAUUCUCAGAACUACUAGUAGUAGUAGUAGAAGAAUAGUAGUAAAGACUAGAAGAAGAAGAAAUCAUAUUCGAUUAAUAUCAUCCAUGGAAAUGGAGGAUCACCAUCACCACCACCAUCAGUACGCCUCCAUCGCCGAUCUCCGGCAGCUCAUGAACGGCCGCUCCAACUUAAUCCCCUCCAACAUCCCUCCGACAGCCCCCGCCGCAGCUGAGCACCUCUUUUCCCCCGCCCCACCGCCGCAGCAGCCCACCUUUGAGAUGAUGAUGAUGGGCCGCCCCGUCUCCGCCGUCGAGAUCAUGCCACGUGGCUUCCCCCAUCCCCACCAUCAUCCUCAUCCUCCUCCUCCUCAUCAUCAUCACCAUCCUCACGACUUUCGCUCUGAUAAUAACUCUGCUGGCAACUCCACGGCAUCUAUCACCGCGGUGACAGCUACAACUAACUCAGCCCCUUCUACUCUCAGCGGCGGCGGCGGCGGCGGCUGGGAAGCCGAGACCGGAGGCUGUCUCGGUGGAGACGGCGGCACCGGUAGGUGGCCGAGACAGGAGACUCUCACUCUCUUGGAGAUCAGAUCACGGCUUGAUUCCAAGUUCAAAGAGGCCAAUCAAAAAGGUCCUCUCUGGGAUGAGGUUUCUAGGAUUAUGUCCGAAGAACAUGGGUACCAAAGAAGUGGGAAAAAGUGCAGAGAAAAGUUCGAAAACUUGUACAAAUACUACAAGAAAACCAAGGAAGGAAAAGCCGGUAGACAAGAUGGUAAGCACUAUAGAUUCUUUCGUCAACUUGAAGCUCUUUAUGGAGAAACCGGCAACCAAGUUUCGGUCCCGGAUCAUCAAACCCAAUACAUGUCUAACAAUCUUCAGUUCUUAACUAGUACUAAUCCAAGUAGUAGUACUCAUCACCAAGAUCAAUUGGCCUACAAUAACAACAACCAGUCACACAAUAGCCUUAGCCUCUCGAAUUCCUCCGAGUUCGAGUCGUCCUCCUCGGACGACAACGACUCGUCGGAGAAGCGGAAGAACAGGCGGGGCGGUUCGAGGGGGUGGAAGGCGAAGAUAAAGGAGUUCAUCGACGCGCAGAUGCGGAAGCUGAUGGAGAAGCAAGAGGCUUGGUUGGAGAAGCUGGUGAAAACCCUUGAGCAGAAAGAGAAGGAGAGGAGCUUGAGAGAAGAAGAAUGGAGGAAACAAGAGGCUGCUAGAAUAGAGAAAGAGCACAAGUUUUGGGCCAAAGAGAGGGCUUGGAUCGAAGCUCGGGAUUCGGCUUUAAUGGAUGCUUUGAAGAACAUAACAGGAAAAGAAAUUGACUACAAAGGUAUAGUACUUUCUUCGUCGCCGGAUCAGGGUCUAAACCAAGACCAUGAUCAAGAUCACGGGAGUACUGAGAUAGAAAACAAUAAUAACAAUAUUCACCAUCAAAGUAACUGGCUUGAACCGGAGAUAACGAGGCUAAUUCAGUUGAGGACGAGCAUGGAUUCGAGGUUUUCGCAAGGCGGGUUUUCGGAGGAGGUUUUGUGGGAGGACAUAGCGGCGAAGAUGGCUUGUUUGGGGUAUGAUAGGAACGGUUUCAUGUGUAGGGAGAAGUGGGAGAGUAUCAAUAAUGAGUACGUGAAGAAAUCUAGUAAAUUAGAAAUGUCAAGUAAGAAGAGGAAGGAGAUCAAUUCUAGAGGUUAUAAUAAUAACGAGUCCUCUACUUCAUUGUACAAUCAUGGAGGUUAUAAUUGUGAUCAAAUGAAUGAUGGUACUGCUAAUUCUUCUCCUUCCCCUUCUAAUGCGAAUGUGGGAAGUACUACUCAUGAUCAUAGUUGUUUUCCGGCUUUCUUGAUUGGAGAAGGGUCAGAGAAUUUGUGGGAGAAUUAUGGGCUCAAGAUUAACAAGGGAGGGCAAAAUCAGUGAUGAUAUGUUGAUGAUGAUGAUGAUGAUGAUGAUGAUGAUGAUGAAGAUGGAGCAGACGACAGUACUUGUUCAGUCGUUUGAAUCAGCAGGCCAUGAUGUAAGCAUGUGG